AUGUUUUGCAAGGCUUUUCUGCGAUCUCAGCUACGUCACUCUCAUUUCUACUAUUUAAUAUGCUCUGCUCUCACAGCACGAUAUACGCAUUUUCUUUCCAAUCGUCUACAACAUAUCAUUCCUGCAAUGGCGUUGGCUAUAGUUAAGUUCGCUACUAGUACUGUGUUUUUAAUCGUCCUCUUUGCCAAUACAUAUAUCUGUUUAUGCAGGUGUCCUCCGCAGGAAUACGAAGCUCUUCUAUCCUUCAACAUCACCUUAACUUUCCCCGCGGGCUAUGGCUAUGAAUGGGCGAAUGGAACAGACUGCUGCGAGUGGUAUGGCAUAGAAUGCGACGAGCACAAGAACCAUGUGGUGGAGAUAAGGUGGAUGCCAGAUCGAAACGGCUAUGGUGCAGAAGGAGGAAUCAUGUCUGACAACCUCUGCAAAUUUCCUUCUCUUACAGGAAUAGUGAUAUCAGACGUGGGAUUGAUAGGUAAUCUUCCUUCAUGCUUGGGAAAUCUCCAUUUUCUUGAGGAUAUAAUUAUAGAGUACAAUGGGUUGGGUGGGGUAAUACCCCUUAGCAUUUGUAUGCUCACAAAUCUCAGUUACAUUAGUCUUAGAGGGAAUCAACUGAGUGGAAGCUUGCCAUCUUGUUUGAACAAUCUUUCUUCUUUGAGAUCUCUCCAAAUUUCAGACAAUCGAUUGAGUGGCCAAAUUCCAUUUACAUGGGGCAAUCUCCCUUUGCUUGAGUUCUUGGAUGUUUCCUUCAACCAAUUGAGAGCGACUCUUCCGUUGUCAUUUGCAGGGCUGUCCUCCCUUACUGACCUCCAUGCCCGUGGAAAUAGAUUUAAUGAGAGUGCCCCUUCUUGGGGCUUACCAUCCUCUAUUAAACUUCUCUCUUUCUCAUUAAACCAUGAGCUCACAAUUUCAGAGGAUUUUUUCCGUAACCUUACCAAUUUAUGGCGUUUAUCUCUAUCCAAUAGCACACUAAAUAUUAGUACAUCGUGGAUUCCCAACUUCCAGCUCUCUGAGUUAGAACUUGUGUCAUGUCAGAUGGACGGUCAAAUUCCACCAUGGAUUUCAACUCAGUUCUCGUUGUAUUCCUUGACAUUAGCUGACAACGGUCUUGUUGGAGAAAUUCCCUCUUGGCUAUGGGCCAUGGCUGCUUCCUUUGAUGAACUAAAUAUAUCACAGAACCAUUUGCAUGGGUCCCUUUUUCCAAAUGGUCCGAAUUCUGGGAUAGGAAUCUUGGAUGUGUCUAGCAAUGCAUUAAGUGGAAAUAUACCUUCCGAGUGGCCAGCUCUAACAAAACUAAUUGAGGGGCCUCCUCUUCAAUUGAUGCUCAAAGAUAAUUUGUUUACCGGUAACAUUCCUCCAAGCUUGUGCAAUUCGUCUCUAUGGUUACAGUUACAUCUUGAAAAUAACAUGUUGGAUGGAAUGAUUCCUUGGUGUUUAAUUGAGGAUGGAUCACGCAUUUAUGACUUAAAUUUAGGAGGUAAUAGUCUUGAGGGAAGCAUGCCCCAACGGCUAAUCUUCUCGUCUAGCAUUCAGUACUUGGUACUUAAAAAUAAUCAGCUCAGCGGAAUCUUCGCUCCCUCGUUUACCAAUUAUACAUUUUUGCAACUACUUGAUAUUGGGCAAAACAAUUCUCCGGACAUCUUCCAAAGUCAAUUGGGAAUAUUUCAUCUCUUCAAGUACUGGUGA